UUUGUUGCAUUUUUUUUUGUUGUUUUUUAAUUUUUUUUCUCUCUCUCUCUGGUUUCGUUUCAUUGGCUAACUCUGAUCUAUCGAUUCAAUUUAUCGUCAUCAAUUUUGGUGUUUUUUUUGUCUGUGAAUAAUAAAUAUAAUAUAUUCUGUGCAUUUGUGUGUUUAUCGUGGUUGUGCAUUUGCUGUGCAUUUUGAUUAAUAAUAAUCAAUCAAAUCAUUCAAUUCAAUUAUUCUUCCAACAAAAAAAAACAAUAAUUUCUUACAACAAAUCAUCUGUCAAUCAAUCAAUCAAUCAAUUAAUCAUGUCGAUUCAUGUAAAUCCAUUACUUAAUGUAAAAGAUUCUCGUUGGCUACAAUUAGAAGUAUGUCGUGAAUUUCAACGUAAUAAAUGUACACGUUCCGAUUCGGAAUGUAAAUUUGCACAUCCAGGCCCAAAUGUUGAAAUACAAAAUGGCCGUGUUAUUGCAUGUUAUGAUUCGAUUAAGGGCCGAUGUAAUCGUGAAAAGCCACCAUGCAAAUAUUUUCAUCCACCUAAACACCUGAAAGAACAAUUAAUAAUUAAUGGAAAAAAUCAUUUGGCCUUAAAGAAUGCCUUAUUACAUCAAGUGCCAUUUCAAACCGUUCUUACUGGUCAAUUACCUAUGGUUGGUUCGGUUGCUCCUUCUAACUUGUUGAAUGCAUAUCAAAGAACGAAUCUUUUACAUCAUCAUCAUCAACAACAACAACAACAGCAACAAUAUUCACACCUUCCAACUACAACAACAAUUCCUGCUUCUAAUAAUGUUGUUGUUCCAUCAUCAUUGAUGAUCAAUGGCUCUGCCACUAAUUAUCCAAUGGCUGCUUUUACGAAUGCAAAUGCUUUGAAUGGUUCAUUGAUUAUACCUAAUUGUCCUAUAUCAGCAAAGGCACCGAAUCCUUACCUGACAAAUUUGUCUGCCAUAGCUGCCGCUUCAUCUGCUUAUGGAGCUGCUGCUUAUACGACAACACCAGCGGCUGCAGCUGCUGCUGCUGCCAUGUUGAUGGCACCCGAUCAAUUUGGAUCGUUUGGAUUAACACCACCACCGCCAUCAGCACCAUCGGCACCAGUAGCCACACCACAAUCGAUACAAACUUCAGCAACAACAACAACAUCGGCUUCAUCGACUAAUAAUCAUUUGGCCACAAUGAAUAAUGCGAAUGCAAAUAAAAUUCGUGCAGCUGCAGCAAUUGCUGCUGCUGCUGCGGCUUCUUCCGGUGUUAAUGGUGUCGGUAGUGUUGUUGAUUCAUCAAAUGGUACAGCAACUAGUAAUGCUGCUUCGCUCGAGCCACCGGCACAUGUAUUGACGGAAAUUAAUGCUUCACCAAUCAACACUGCUGCUGCUGUAGCUAAUAUUGCAGCUGUAGCUGUUGCGGCUACCAAUGGACGCAAACGUACACGCGAAUCAAAUGAUGAAUUAUUAAUGCAAAUUUCCGGUGCAUAUCCAAUAACAAAACGUCCAGCGUUGGAUAAGAAUGGUACACCAUUAUUUCAUAAUGGUAUUACACCAUCGUCAUCAUCAUCAAUACCAUCACCGGUAUCUGUAGCACAUCCAAAUGCAGCAGCGGCCGCAGCAGCAUAUGCUGCUGCUACAUCAUCAUCAUCAUCAUCAUCCACAACAUCAUCAGACAUUUGCAAUGCCACAACCAUUGGUUCCAUUGUCUUUCUAUUUUCCUCUCAUAAGUCAGACAAAUCAGAUUCCUCGAUAUUGAAAUAAGAGAAUCUCAACAUUUCAAAACAAUACGAAAAUAUCCUAUCCCGGAAACGUGUCUUGUUUUUUUAAUCGUUAUUGUCUUAUCAAUCAAAAAUAUACUUAAACCUGACAGAAAAUGUCCAAGUAUUUUUCAUUGUUUGUCUUUAUGUUCUCUUCUCUAUUCUUCUUUUCUUUAAAUCGUCACCAGUUUAGAUCGAUUCAAUUUUUUUUAGAUUUCAUUUUUCAAAAAAAAUAUGUGUCACUUAAACUACACAAAAAAUUCACUUUU